CCAAUUCAGUCAGCCGUAUACAAGCGGUCAGAAUCGCAACGAAGCCAUACUUCAUUUGGCUGAUUACCCGAACUCAUCAAUCUGAAGAAAGCCUCCACCGCUGCUUCGAGUCGUGGGUCCGCCUUACCGAGACCAGAGACAACGGCCGUAUGAGGAAACAAAUUGGGAUGCGACAGCCCAUCGAAGACGCUGUCGGCCAUGGAUGCAGGAAGAGUGAAGAGAGAGAGAGAGAGAUCGGGGAAGUGGAGUGAAGACGAUUUUGCCAAGUUUGACUUAUUCAUCUAUCUCUUCUUCUCCUUCCUCCUCAACGAGAGAGAUGUGCCGUUGGACUCGCUCUCUCAAACUCACUCCCAUCUUUCUCUCCACGUGUAUGCAGGCGCUCCAUUUUCACAAUCUCUCCAGAUGCAUGCAGGCGUUCCAUUUUCGUAAUCCAUCCGGAGGACAGCACACGAUGGGGAAUCGGAGGUUCCGGCAGUUCCCGACGAGCGAUGACGAGGAGGACGAGCCGCAUCCUCGGAAGCGAGUCACUCGCCCCUCGAAGAAUCCCGCGGAGAGCGAGGCCAAGUCCAGGAGCAAGCGCCGGAAGCCGGUGAAGCUCGUGGAUGACGACAAGGAUGAGGACGGAUACGGAGGUGAACCUGAGGCUGAUCAGGAGGGCGGGCGAGAGGAGAAGAGUGCAAAGAGUGCGAAGAGGAAGAGGGAGAAGGAAGAGGAAGAGGAGGAGGAGGAGGAGGAGGAGCACGCUGAUGAGGAUGUUAAGGUUGUGGGCCUUCCGUACAAGUCUUCUGGCAAGGGGAGCCGGCGGAGGAGGCAUUACCUGGCAUUCGAAUACCAUGGAGAUUACUACAAGCUGGAGGAUACUAUACUUGUCGACCCCGCUGAAACAGAUCAUAAACCAUAUGUGGCUAUUAUCAAGCCAUAUGGAUUAAAUGUUGGCCCAUCAGAGAGGGGCACAAUACUUAAGGGUUUGGACUUGGGUGCUCAAGGCAUGCGAGUAGGAAGCCAGAGGCUACUAAUAGUUCCGCCCCGAGCUAGCCUAUGGAAGCAAAGGGGUUGAGGAGAUCCCGCCAAAUGCAACAAUAGAGCUAGAAUUUCCGCAAAGAAGAUCAUUCAUUGAUUGCACCAGCUCGGUCAUCAAUAAUACCCCCUUCGGAAGGAAAUCCUGCCUUUGUUUGGUACCCACCGGAUUUAUUCAUUGUUUACCAACUUCAGCCGUUGAUUCCAAUGCCCAUUGCCUACACACCAUCAUAAUUGCCCGUGGAAAUGCCCCCGUCUAAGGUCUUUUGGCUCACAUCAGAAUCGAAUUACUUCAUAUGGGAAAGUUUCGUUGUUUCAAGGUAUCGAGGCCAUCUUUAAAUGGAAAGUCUCACAUUCAUCUGAGUACGACUCCAAAGACGAACCGAACUAUGAUUGAAAGAAAAUGUCACUGCAUAGUGCAAUUUGGGUUGGGAAUGGCUAGAAAGUUUCAUGUCAUGCCAACGCUACUAUUGA